AGCCUCUGGUCAACGAACUCGAGAACGAAUCGUUUGGGUGCUGCAGUUCGCGAACGAUAGGCUAUUGUGCGAAUCACUCACGGCAGUCAAGCGAUGCAUUCCGCCAAGUGUCGUUCACAAUCUAGUCCGGUUGCGGCCACCACAAAUGCACCUCGUUUCAACUGUAUCAAAAAAAUAUCUAAUUUGUUUGCCUAGCAAACAACAAAUGUAGAUUGUUUAAAGCACACUUACAAGUCUGUCACAGAUGACAGCUCCAAUAAGCCCCUUAUGGUGAAGGACAUGUGAACGAGAGGCUUGUAGAAUUAUGACUCUUGAGUUUUCAGUGGCAUCAGUUCAUCUAAACCUAGGGUGUAGAAAUGCACCCACCAGUUGAAGCUCAUUUACUGUACUUCCACACACAUUUUUAACUCUAAAAUGCUAUUUGGAGAACUGCAAAAAAAUAAAAUGUUCCUCCCAAUACAUUAUCACCACUAUAUUAGGUUUAAAGGUCUGUGGAAUGGUGUGUACAAUGUACUACUCAACCUCAUCAUACAUAGGCUACAUUGACUAAUUUAGCCUACUUGUGGAACAGCGCAACAUGAAAUAGAUGUAUAUUACACACUAUCAAAUGCCGACAUCAAUAUGAAAGUAACCUGAGCAUUAAACAGCUGACUGCGAAUUCAAACUAUGCCAGAUAAACCCUACACAUGCAUUGAAAUAAAAGGCAUACGUCAAAGGAAUUACUUAGGCCUACAAUCGACCAAGGACGCAUAAAGACAAACAAACUCGACCAAGGAAUUAAGAAAAAUCUACACAUUAAGGCCGCACCUGUGAUUCAGCACCACUAAAUGGAAAGUGCCUUGAUACAGGCAGUCUGCUGGUUGAGGAGUUGCCAACGUCCUUCCGAUGAACCCCAUGAACUCCAUGAAACCUGGCCUGCCUCCUAAUCCACACAGUGACGGCUCCUACCCUUAUGACCCUGUGUCCUGGCAGCAAGGCAGCAAUCAGCCGGCAGGCUCCCUGUCUGUGGUAACCACAGUGUGGGGGGUAACCAAUCCUUCACCUAGCCAGGUCCUGGGUGGGAACCCGAUGGGUCCAGGUGGGAACUCUGGCGGGGGCAACAUGAUGCCCGGCCAUAGCCCUGGGAUGGGACAGCAGUUUAUGGGUCAACAGGGCUACCCGGAGCCCAACAAAGGCUACAUGCAGCAGGGCAUGUACGGCAGGGGCAAUGGGGGAUACCCCGCCGGGCCUGGGUACGUGGGCAGUUACCCCAAUAACGGAGGGGGGUCUAUGGGCAUGCCCCCUCACGGCAUCCGCCCUCAAACCGACUUCACCCAGGCGGCGGCGGCGGCGGUGGCUGCAGCGGCUGCCACAGCAACAGCCACAGCCACGGCAACGGUUGCUGCUAUCCAGGAGAAGCAGAACCAGGAGAUGAACUACGGCCAGAUGGGUGGCGGUGCGGGCUACAACACACAGUUCAUGCAACACCCGGGCCCCCGAGGUCCCCCUGGCAUGUCCCCGGCAGGGAUGGGUCCCGCUCGUCCCCCGUCCAUGGGGCCCAUGUACGGUGCCCCUCAAGGUCAGAGGAUGCCCCAGCACCCAGGCUACCCCGGGGCUCAGCAUGGACCACCCAGGCCACAGCAGGGACUCAAACGCCCAUACAAUGCUGAGGGCUUUACCGGGCAGCAGUAUGGUCCAGGCAUGGCUGGCCCUGCUCCUGGUCAGGGGCCCUACCCUGGGCAGCCCAUGCAGUAUCAUGGGGGCCUGGGACCCCAGCGCUCAGCCACCUCCCCCUCCUACCAAGGCCACAAGAUGCCCAUGCAGCAGGGCAACAUGGGCCAGUACCCCUCGGGACCAGCCCACCCAGGACAGUACUACAAGUCGGAGCAGUUCAAUGGACAGGGCAACACACUAAAUUCACUAGCGGCCGGGGGAGUCGGAGUUUACAACACCUUCAACCAGACUGUAGUCAAUGGGCCGGGCAGGGUGAUGCCUGGUUAUCCAAGCUCUCCCCUUCUUGGAAACCCCACCCCUCCCAUAACCCCAGGCAGUGCGGUGCCCCCCUACAUGUCUCCUGGCCAUGAUGUCAAGCCCUCUUUCUUGCCUGACAUCAAGCCAAACACGAACUCCCUACCCCCACCACUCCCCACAGGUAACCCCAGCGAUGACCUGCGGUUGACCUUCCCCGUACGAGAUGGCGUGGUGCUGGAACCCUUCCGCCUGGAGCACAACCUGGCCGUCAGCAACCACGUCUUCCAGCUGCGCGACUCCGUCUACAAGACCCUCAUGAUGAGGCCGGACUUGGAGCUCCAGUUUAAGUGUUACCACCACGAGGACCGUCAGAUGAACACCAACUGGCCGGCAUCGGUCCAGGUGAGCGUUAACGCCACGCUCACCAUCCAGCGUGGCGACAACAAGACUUCCCACAAGCCCCUGUACCUGAAGCAAGUGUGUCAGCCCGGGAGGAACACCAUCCAGAUCACGGUCACAGCCUGCUGUUGUUCUCACCUGUUUGUGCUCCAGCUGGUCCACAGGCCGUCAGUACGCUCCGUGCUGCAGGGCUUGAUGAAGAAACGGCUUUUGCCAGCAGAGCACUGUGUCACUAAGAUCAAGAGGAACUUCAGCAGCGGCACCAUCCCAGGGACACCGGGGCUGAAUGGGGAGGACGGGGUGGAGCAGACUGCUAUCAGGGUGUCCCUCAAGUGCCCCAUCACCUUCCGCCGCAUCCAGCUGCCAGCGCGAGGCCAUGACUGCAGACACAUACAGUGUUUCGACCUAGAGUCCUACCUGCAGCUGAACUGUGAGAGGGGGACCUGGCGCUGUCCUGUGUGCAAUAAGACUGCUCUACUGGAGGGUCUAGAGGUGGACCAGUACAUGCUGGGGAUCCUCAUCUACAUUCAGAACUCGGAGUAUGAGGAGAUUACCAUUGACCCGGUGUGCAGCUGGAAGCCUGUUCCCAUCAAACCCGACCUUCACAUCAAAGAAGAGCCGGAUGGUCCGGCACUGAAGCGCUGCCGCACCCUGAGCCCCAGUCACAUGAUCCUGCCCAGUGUCAUGGAGAUGAUCGCCUCCCUGGGCCCAGCCUCAUCGCCCUACCCCUCCAUGCCAGCAGGGGGAAACGGCAGUACUCCGGACUACCCCAGCCAAGGAUUGGGAUACCCUAACCAGCCUGGGUUCUCAGACUUCCCAAAUGCCCCUGGCACCCCUAAUGUUGGGGAGUUCUCCUCGGGACCACCCCCCCUCUCCUACCAGGCUGACCUGCCAAGUGGACUCCUCACUUCAGACAAACCCAUGGGACAUCCCAUGUCAUCCCAGAUUCCCCAUUCUGGCCGCAUGGACUCCUCCCACAGUUCUCUCCAGCAUCAGCAGCAUCAAGGCCUCCAUAGCAUCUCACACCUCGGGGGACCAGGGGCACCCAUAAUGCAGCCUCGCAAUCCCUCCCAAAACACCAGACUACACACAGAAAGCUCCUUUGGGUUAGGGGGCCCCGCUUGCUCAGAGGUGCCAGAGCCUUCCUUGGAUUUACUUCCUGAAUUGACAAAUCCAGAUGAGCUACUGUCUUACCUUGGUCCCCCCGAUUUACCGAACAACAGCAAUGAUGACCUACUCUCCCUCUUUGAGAACAACUGAGUCCCGGUUCUCCUCGCCAGUCUCCCAUGGUUCCCUGCAACACAUAAACUACAUACAAGAAGUAUCCCACCUACAAUGUGGGUAUAAAAAAUACUUCCUGUAAUAUAAGAGCUCCCCUUGAGCCGAAAAUCGCCGUCAGUGGUAGUAGGCGUGUCGAGGAGACACUUGAAUAUGAGGAAAAUCUUUGAUGUCCCUUGUCUGACUAUAAACUAUGGUGAUAUUUUGUUUUAUAUCUGUAAACUAUUCCCGCAUCCAUUCCCUUGUUACUACCUUUCUUGCCCAAGGAUCCAAUUGUAUUUAAAUGCUUCCUUUACUAGAAUCACAUUUAGAAGGGAUUAUCAAUGUAUGUACAUUUUCUUAUUCAAUGCAGUUGUGAUGCAAGUUUAUGUCCAACUGAAUUUGGUGAGUUUGAAAUGUCCAUAAAAGUAUGAUUAAAUAACCUUUUUUAAUUUACAAUAAUAAAUGGAAGAUGAAUACAUUGAGGGGAUGCCCUAUGUGUUUCAAAGAUAAAUAUGUAUUUUCACUGCCUUUUACUGUGAUUUAUCAAUGCACAACAGUGACAAAACAGCAAUGUAAUUUCCACAUUUACAUAACCAUUCCAAGCUAUGAUCAUUUAGCACCCCGGCACACAAACAAUUACUCAGUCUUUUUAUAUUCUAAAUUAACAGAUUUUUAUGCAUAAAUGUUUGACAUUAUAUUCAUUACAAUGGUUAACAACCUUGUAGGCAAAUUGAAUAAAUGGCAAUCUGUAA